AUGACUAGUGCUGUUGAAGGUAUUAAACUUGAAGAUAUCAAUGUUGAUGACAUUGAUUUUUCUGAUUUAGAAAAACAAUAUGGUUAUGAAGACAAGUUUAGUAUUGAUCAGUAUGUUGUUGUAACUGGUAUUCCAAUUAUUCCAGAAGCUAAAGUUCCAGUCUUAAAAAAGGCUUUAACUGGGUUAUUCUCUAAAGCUGGUAAGGUUGUUGACAUGGAAUUUCCAUUAGAUGAAGAAACCAAGAAAACUAAAGGCUUUUUAUUUGUCGAAUGUGGCUCUCCAGUUGAUGGUAACAAAAUCAUUAAAACUUUCCACACAAAGAGAUUAGAUUUAAAACAUAGAUUAUAUUUAUACUCUAUGAAGGAUGUUGAAAAAUUCAAUGGUGAAGGAUUUGAUCCAGAAUUUAAAGAACCAGAAAUUCCACCAUUUGUUAGUUCAAGUUUCUUAAAAUCAUGGUUGUUAGAUGAAAUGGGUAGAGAUCAAUAUGUUGUUCAAAAUGCCAACUUGACAUCUGUAUUUUGGAAUGACAAAUCUUCAAAUGACAUUCAACCUGUUGAAUCUAGACAAAAAUGGUCAUCCAAUUACAUUAAAUUCUCUUCUAAAGGUACUUUGAUGUUUUCUUAUCAUACUCAAGGUGUUGUCGCAUGGGGUGGUGAAACUUUUGAACGUUUAAGAAGAUUUUAUCAUCCAAAUGUUAGAACCUGUUCAAUUUCUCCAAAUGAAAAGUUUUUAGUCACAUUUUCCUCUGAUUUAAUUGUUGUUGAUGCAGAUGAUGAGGAAUGCCCAUUUACUAAGAAAAAUGAAGGUCAUCAGCUAUGUAUUUGGGAUAUUUCUACCGGUUUAUUAUUAAACACCUUCCCAGUUGUUAAGAGCCCAUUUUUACAAUGGCCAUUAGUUAGAUGGUCAUAUGAUGAUAAAUAUUGUGCCCGUAUGGUUGGUGAUACAUUAGUUGUCCAUGAUAGUAACAAGAGUUUUGCUGCAAUGGAAGGUAAAGCUUUGAGAGUCAAAGGUAUUAGAGAUUUUUCCUUUGCUCCAGCUGGUGUUAAGUUAGCACCAUUUAGAAAUGGUUCUGACCCAUCAGUUUUAUUAGCUUAUUGGACACCUGAAACUAAUAAUAUGUCCUGUAAGGCUACUAUUGUUGAAGUUCCAAGAGGGAGAGUAUUAAAGACAGUUAAUUUAGUUCAAGUUUCUAAUGUUUCCAUUCAUUGGCAAAACAAUGCUGAAUAUUUAUGUUUCAACGUUGAACGUCACACAAAAUCUAAAAAGACUUCAUUCAGUAACUUAGAAAUCUGUAAAUUAACUGAAAAAGAUAUUCCGGUGGAUAAAAUUGAAUUAAAGAACAGUGUUAAUUCUUUUGAAUUUGAACCUAAUGGAGAUAGAUUUGUCACCAUCGAAACUGAAGAUACUGGUGAUGACAAUCCAGCUGUUCCAAGAAACAUUGCAUCAUUCUAUGCAUUCCCUAAGAGUGAAAGUAAAGGUCCUAUUAAGAACAAUUUGACAUUAAAAUGGAAAAUGUUUUAUCAAACAGAAAAGAAAUUUUCCAACAUUAUUAGUUGGUCUCCAGCUGGUAGAUUUGUUGUUGUUGGUACCAUUGCUACUCCAAGUGCACCAAAUCGUAAAGCUGAAUUAAUCUUUUAUGAUUUCGAUUUUGCUGGUGACAAACCUUUAAAUAAGAUUGUUGAAGUCAAUAGUAAUUUGAAAGAAUUAUCUAAACCAUCCAUUCAAACAUGUACUAAUUUGUCAUGGGAUCCAUCUGGUAGAUACUUAACCGCAUGGUCAUCAUCCUUGAAAUUGAAAUCUGGUAGUGGAUUUAAGAUAUUCAACGUUGUUGGUGAUACUAUUAAAGAAGAUCCAGUUCCACAAUUGAAGAAUUUCACAUGGAGACCAAGACCUGAACUUUCCUUAAGUUCUUCUGAAAAGAAGAAGGUUAAGAAGAAUUUGAGAGAAUAUUCCGCUCAAUUUGAAGAACAAGAUGCUAUGGAAGCUGAUAGUGCUAUGAGAGAUUUGAUCUUGAGACAACGUGAAUUAUUGAAAGAAUGGAAUGAAUAUAGAAGUAGUAUCAACGAAGAAUUGGAAAGUUCUGGCAUCAAGAAUGACACCGUGGAUGAUAAAGAUGAAGAUGAUUACACUACUAUUACUGAGAUUAAAGAAGAAAUUAUUAAAGAAAAGGAAGAAAUUGUUAAUGAAUAG